AUGAUGGCAGAUAAGCAGCAGCAACCGGUCUAUCCCUUGGCACCUGCCAAUGCUUAUUCCAGAAGUGAUGAAGAGGCGAACUCAGAGCAAUCCAAACAACUCCGUCGCAAGAAGCGCAUGAAAUGUCUAGCCUAUAUUGUGGCCUUUGCUGUGUUCCAAACCGGGAUUAUACUCCUCUUUGUACUCACUGUGAUGAAAAUCAAAACCCCUAAGUUUCGUGUUCGGUCUGUAACGUUUUACACUCUUGAUGUUACCCCAUCUCCGCCAUCGUUCAACAUCAAAAUGAAUGCUGAGCUCGGUGUAAAGAACACGAACUUCGGCCACUUCAAGUUCGAUAACAGCACUGUUGAGUUCUUCUAUAGGGGCAUAAAAGUGGGGGAGGCAGUUGUUCCCAAGGCACGAGCUAAAGCAAGAUCAACCAAAAAAUUCAAUGUUAUGGUGGACUUGACAUCGACCAAUAUCCCCAGCAAUUCGGAAUUAAGAAAUGAUUACAGUUCUGGGUUUUUAACAUUGAGCAGCCAAUCAAAACUCAAAGGGAAGGUGGAGCUAAUGAAGGUGAUGAAAAAGAAGAAAUCCACUGAUAUGAAUUGCACCAUGGAAGUUGUUAUCUCGACGAAGGAACUGCGCAAUGUGAAAUGCAAAUGA